CGCAUACACACAGAUACAUGUACAUACACAGAAAUACAUACGCACAGAUACAUGUACAUACACGCACAGACACAUGUACAUACAUACACAGACACACACAUGUACAUAUACACAGACACACACCCAUAAAAAGUUGCAGUACUUCGUUGUUCACUCACAGAGCCGGGUACUGCACUCUAGGGGGAGGCAGAGAGCACAGCACACACUCCUUCCUUUGCUUUCACUGCGCUCAGCUAUUGAGCAGUCUGACGGCUCCCAGUGCCAAUGACAGAUCCGGCCUGAGCUCCGAG